AUGUCGGCACUUCUAAGUGGCGUUAAUUAUAGGGCGGGUCCGGAUCGGUGGUUAUGGAGUUUAAAUCCGACAGGUGAAUUCUCGGUGGUAAGCAUCAAAGACGUUGCAGCAAUAUAUGGUAGAUCGGCUCCUGCAUAUUCAUUUUUUUGGAAUAAUUUUGUUCCAAAAAAGGUUGGGAUAGUCUCUUGGCGGGUGAUUAUGGAGAGACUCCCUACUCGGGCAGCCUUGGUAGCUAGGAACAUCGAUAUUGGGGAUCCGAGUUGUCCUUUCUGCGGUGAGUAUGAUGAAACAUGCGAUCACAUCUUUGCGGCUUGCCAUUUUGCUCAAGUUGUUUGGCUAGUAAUUGCACAAUGGUGCAAAAUUCCUCCAAUAAUUGCCUUCGGUCUCAAAGAUCUCCUGGAUGCACAUGUUGCUGUGGUAGGUUCCAAAAAGAAAAAGAAAGUAUUUAGUGCUAUUUUCCAGGUCGUUAUUUGGAGCAUUUGGAAGAUGAGGAAUGAGGUAAUCUUUGGAAACGAAUAUCCAAAUAUCUCUAAGGUGGUGGACGAAUCAAAAUCGAUGAGCUUUCUUUGGAUAAAGUAUCAGUUGAAAUCACUUGACUGGACAUGGAACGAGUGGAGAAAUUUUAGGAUUGCAAUGUAA